AUGGCUCCCAAGCCCGACGCCGAUAAAAAAAGCUCACAUGCAACCGUCCCGGCGUCCAAAGCGCACUGCGUCCGCGUCCUCAAGUCGCUGCGACGGACGGCGGUAGAGUCGGACCCGCUCCCGCAGGGCGACGACCUAGAGCUUCUGCACGCGGUAUGUCCGGAGACGUCUGCGUCGUUGCGGCGCGCCACGCGGCGCGUGCGCGCGGCCGUGUCGGCCGCGGCCGCGUGCUACGUGCCGGCGGCGACGGACCCGGAGUCGGAGUCGUCCGACAGCGCGCCGAGCGUGGCGGCGGAGGCGCUGUUCGACCGCGUGCACGAGGCCACCGACGAGGCCCUGGAGCAGUUCAACGCCGCCCUGGACCGCGCCAGGGGGAUCCAAGACGCAGAGCCGCUGGAGACGGGCGCCGUCGGGCCGGAGACCAGGCUCGGGAGCGGGAGGCACAGGGAGUGCGCGUGGGUGGAGAUGGAGAAACCGCAGAUGGCGUUUCCAGACUGGCCGGUGGAUAACUCGGAUACCGCGUUCGUGCCGCCCGGGGUGGCCGGGGCGAAGGGGGCGGACGUGGACGUGUACUUGCAGGAGCUGUAUCAGGCGAACUCGAAGGCGAGUGGAGGCGAGAUGGAAGGGAAGCAUCCGUAUGAGGAAGAGAUCCGGGCGGCGGAGGAGGAGAUGGCGGCGAGAGUGUUUAAGAAGGAGGACACAGUUGUGUAUCGGUCUAUGAAGAGUACUCCGUGCACGUUCAUCAAGACGGAAGAGAAGCUUUUUGAGGUGGCCAACCGGUUGAAGCGAGUGGGGGAGGUAGCGAUCGAUAUUGAAAAUCACAGUGUCAGGUCGUUUCAGGGGUUUACGUGCUUGAUUCAAAUGUCGACGAGGAGGGAGGACGUUGUCGUGGAUGCGCUUGCGUUGAGAGGGUCGGUGCAUAGAGCGCUGGCGCCCAUUUUUGCCGAUGAGUCGAUUGUGAAAGUGUUGCAUGGUGCCGAUAAGGACGUGCAGUGGCUGGAGCGCGAUUUCGGCGUGUUCGUUGUCAACAUGUUUGAUACGGGGCAGGCCGCGCGGUUGCUCAAGUUUCCGUCGGCCGCACUGUCAUACCUCCAGGCACGGUUUUGUGAUGUCACGGGAACGAGCAAGAAGAAGUUUCAGCUUUCAGACUGGCGCCAGCGGCCGUUGCCGGAUGACAUGUUUCAGUACGCUCGCUCUGAUACGCAUUAUCUGUUGUACAUAUAUGAUAGGCUCAAGACCGAGCUGGCGGACAAGGAGUUGACUGCCAAGGCGUGGAAGCGCUCGGCCGUCGUUGCGAGAAAGCGCUACAAAAAGACUCGGUACGACGGAGGCAUUCCGCGCCAUCUUUGUGCGAAGUAUGGUCUUGGAUUUGAUGCCCAUCAAAUACGCCUAUUGGAAGAGCUUUACGGAUGGCGAGACCGGAAAGGACGGGAGGAAGACGAGAGUUUGAAUUAUGUGGCUCCUCUUGGAUCUCUGUUUGGUAUUGUGAGGGCGCGUGACAGGGUGCGAACUGUUGAGGGACUCAUGAAAUACGGUUUUCCUUCCAAAUCUGUACCACCAAUGAUCAAGGCAAACGCGGAUGAAAUUGUGCGCUUGAUCGUAGAUUCUUUGGAUGCAAAACUUGGUGAUCUUGAAAAGAAAUGCGCGGCACGGCCUGCUCCUAUUCAGUCAUCCGGCGCAGGAGACGGGGCCAAGGAAGUUCCCAAGGGCGUCGCAAUGCACCGGAAAGAGGCAAAGGAAGGGUUGCCAUCUGGGGGAAGCUUACCCUUACGCAGCAAGACCACGGCUUCUACGGAGCAGCCACAAGUCACUUUGAAAGCUUCUGCCCUGCGUAAAUCGCGUUUAUAUGACUCUGACUCCUCAGAUUCGGAUAUAGAUGAAGGGUCGGUGUCAAAAGUCGAGGUGGGCGUUCUAAACCCGGCUCCUGGCGGCGAAGGAAGCGCAGGCGGCCUCUCUGUCUUAAGUCUUACGAAACCUGACGCACUCGCUUCGAGUCCAAGGGAAUUACCGGGCCCCCCCGAGUCUGAUCCGAAUCCCCGAACCCUUGCUGAGAAUGCCAAACCCAUUUGUACGGUGACAAUGGCUAAAAAGUCAGUGUUCAACCUUAGCGAUACUGACGAUGGCGACGACAGCAGCGAUGAGCUCCCAGUCAAAUCCGUGUCGGAGCUAGACGCUGCAGUAUAUUCGAAAAAAGCAAAAGCAACGAGAGCCGAAAAACAAACAAACUACCUAACCCAAGAAAUGGGAGCUUCUUCGAAACGAGACGAAGGGCCUUCGAUCUUGGCAGCAAGACAGUCCGUAUUCAACUUAAGCGAUGAUGAUAGUGAUGACGAAGAAGAGCGCAGACCCUUGGGUGCCACCGCACAUAUCCUUGUUCGGAAGGGCAUCCUUGAACAAAUUCACUCUGGCAUGAAUGGCUUCAUGCCCAAGAGUUCGGACGGAUUUCGAGUCGAAACUGCUCCGGCUUCAGACGAAGAAUUGACCCCCGAGCCCAUCAUUAAUAACAGUCCAGUCGAGACGAAGAGAAAAAGAGAUAACGAGGACAAACUCGACCAACGUCCUUUUAUGUCAUUGGAGGAGAGGUUCGGGUCAUCAUGCGUUAAAAAGAGGCGAAAAAACAGCAAGAAAAAGAAGAAACGCGUUGCCAUGCCUGAAGCUGCUCCUGUAAUCCCUGCCUUCAACUACACAAAGGCACUUCAAGAGGAAAAGAAGAAGCGAGAAGAAGCAAAGAAGGAUGAACCGUAUGAUGCGAUGCAAAAGCUUCGGCUAGAUUGGAAACCGGAUGGUAAGGGAAAGAAACGUCCCCGGAAGGCCAGAAAGCACCCCGCCAGUGGAUCAAGGUCGAUGAGCUUCUCUCGGCGAUAA